AUGACAGAGUCCCUGCACCUAUUUCUUAAACCAAGUUCCUAUUGCAAUGAGCACUCGGGUAGCGAGUUUAAAGACGCUGGUUCUAUCUGUACGGUCAUGUAUUGUCGUGAUCCCAUCAGCGGAAAUGUGCAACACACCGCCGCCAGGGGAAAUUCCUGUGCCAAUAAAAAAGAGAAUUGUCUUCUAGGAGAUCAACCUAGCAUCGCCUUUAUCAACAAAACAUGUGACGAGUUGAUAAAUGAACUGCCCCAGUACUGCUACAAGGAUAAGGUCCGGGCCCGCUGUUGUUCCUCUUGUGCCAAACAUUUCUCUUGGAUUGCUGGUUGUGAGUACGGAGACAGAGUAUUAGGUUGUAAAGAUUUCCACUGUAACAUGGUGGAGGAUCCAAAGGUUCUCACAGACUGCUGUAAAACCUGCUCCUAUGGAACUCUUAUUCCUACAACACCCGCCCCUGACUUUUCUGUGCAUCCUUUUCCAACAGAAAAGCCCUCGGAUCAUCGACCUCGUACAUGUACUGAUUUCGCGGAAAUUAACGGGAAAAGUUGUCCAAGUUUUAUUUCAGAGAGAGGUCGAUAUUCGUGUUAUGAUAACAGGAUAGCUGCUUAUUGUUGUGCUACAUGUAGGGCAAUGCUUAGUUUCCGCAGUCCAGACUGUCCCUAUGGUGAUAGACUGCCGGGAUUUUGUUCACAACAAGUGAACGUGACAGACCGGUGGUGUAAUAACUUCCGGCCUCAUUGUUGUGACACGUGUUCAGUUAGCUCCGCCCACAAUGUGUUCAGACUAAGUCUACCCUCCGUGUUCAUAGCUGUGAUUUUGUUCUUGUUCAGCCUCUGACCUACAUGAAAGAAGGUUGAAAUUAUUAUCUG